AUGGCACCUUCAACUACGCACCCGUCUAGCCCAACUCUCUCCUCUUCGCCCCCUGAUGUCAAAAACCCUAGCCUCGUUCUCCGUCCUGCUACAAUCCCAGAACGACACCAUACCUGGGUUCUGAAUAAACAUUCAUGGAAGGGAAUACUCACAGAUAAUGCCUACUACCUUCGAGAAGCUCAUAUUGCCUCUCAAGACCUCACUCGCAAUGGCGGAAUCACUUAUUGGAUCCUCGUCGACCCUUCUUCGCCAUGCAACACAGCAUGCCCACAAUCUCCCGACCAUAUCCUAUCAGCAUGCGAAGUAAUCCGUAAACCCUGCCUGAUUGCUCGCAAAACCGGUGAAGUAGAAGAAGUAAUCUGCUACGGCAUCGGCAGCGUUUAUACCUCUGAGAGACACAGAGGGAAGGGCUACGCAAAGUCCAUGCUACAGAGGCUAGGACAUCAGCUAAAGACGCUACCAGACCCAUCAAAACCUGAAGAGAGCUUGCGGGUAGGAUUCAGCGUUCUAUACUCCGAUAUUGGCAAAGAGUUCUACAACAGAAUCGGUUGGCGACCUCACCAGAGUUCACACAUCUCGUUUCCGUCGAAAUUACCAACUUCGGCACCCUCGUCAAAGGCAAAGAAUGUGUUGAAGUCGGAUUUGAAAGCGUUGUGUGCGUCAGACUGUGCGCAUAUUCGAAGGGCGGUGACUAAAACUCCCUUUGCACCGGAUGUGGAAGUGAGAUGCGUUCAGUUCCCGACUGUGGAGGUUAUGGAGUGGCAUCAUGCAAGGGAGGAGUUUAUCGGACAAUAUGCGACUUCGAAAGCACCGACAAUCAAGGGUGCAUGGGUACCAAUCCAACAGGGGGCCGAAUACCCACCGCAAGAAGGCAAUGACGGCUCGAAUGCUGUGUGGGUUAUCUGGACCCAUGAUUAUGCGGACAAGAAACUCGUGUUCUUGAGACUUCAUACCCCUACUAUUACUUCGGGCAAUGAAAAUACGAUCCUUGAAGCUAUCAAGCAUGUCAUCAUUGCAGCAGCGAACGAGGCCGACGCUUGGGGUUUCAAAGAGAUUAUCAGCUGGAACCCCGAUGACAUAACGGAAACGGCUGUGAAGAGUGUGUUUGGAAGCGGAACUGGGUACGAUUUGGUGCAUCGAGAGAUGGAUAGUAUCGCCAGUCUGAUGUGGUAUGAUAAAGAUGGCGGCGAAGAAAUAGAGCCAGAAGGAAUCGAGUGGUGCAUGAAUGAGAAAUUCGCAUGGUGCUAA